CUUGACUGAGAGCAAAAGACGUGUGCUCGUCUUUCUUUUGGCCAAGGGUCCACUCGAUGUUUUAUGACAAAGUCCCUGCUCUUGCUCAGACUUGUUAAUGCUCAAUUGUGCCUGAGCUUGUGAUUACCAACAUCCUCUUGUUAAGCAGGGCAAUAAGCAUUCAGCGUUGGGCGAGACGUACAGCAGCAGCAGCAGUCAGACCGUGGCUACCUAGUCUGUGCGAGGCCUACUCUCUGAGAUGUCGGAUCUCGACGGAGCCCCGGUCACCGGAGCCGAGGCCACCACGAUGGAGUCCAGGUCGACAUGGUCGUCGACUUCGUCCGCGGAGACGGAGUUAGACAACUUCUGGCACGACUCAUCCUUGUCGAACCAUUUUUACACCACACAGGAUACCACACUAGACACUUUCAACUUCAAUGAUGACAGCCUCUUCUUUGGACCAUUCGAUUCCUGCAGCAAUUCUCUGACUCCCAGCCGGGAUCAACCCAUCGGUCAUGCGACACAAACGUCCACUGCUGGCGUCGACUCCAUCGACUUUGCCAACCACCCACAGCUAGACUUGGGUUUCCCUCAAGAGCUCCUACCUUCUGGGACGGAUCUUGACAGCGCAGUGACGGAGGGAGAGUCUAUGGACCUUUCGUGGACAAUGAUGGGCCUGGAAGACGGGUCAGGCCAGUCCCUCAAAGACAAGAUCAACAACGCCCUUGUCCGGGGAGAUGGUGGGCGCCUCUUCAUCCCGGAAGAUGCACUUCAAACUGUUCUGUCACAGCAAGCAGUCCAUGCUGAGCUGAUCAGCCAGUUCCCCCAUUUGCCGGCCCAAGACGUCCAGAAGAUGGCUACUAGCAUCACAGCCAGUGGACAAGAUCUUAGGCUACUCCGUGUCUUUGGGCUUCUUGUGCUCUUGGCCAAGGUUGAUAGCAUUACCGUCUUCCUAGCAAAGGAACACCUGGCGCUGCCGCUGGUGGAUUUCACAGAUCCCUGCCUGAGCAACUGGACCCAGGCAGACAUUGAAGCCUUCGAGAGCACACAGUGGCGCUUCUUCUCUCCGGUCUUCACCAACGUGACCAAAGAACAGGAUGAUUACGUCGAUCUUGAGGACAAGAUAAUUCUUCCGUACAUCGAAUCGUGGGAGGACAAGAAGCAGAACCACUACAAGGGUGGUAACUCCGAGGUCUGGAAGGUCAAGAUCCACGAGGCCCAUCAUAACUUCAAGAACCUACAAACAGCCAUGCCUAAUAAUCCGUACUUUGCCAUCAAGAGGCUCAAGUCCAAGGAUGAGGAGGCCUUCCACCGAGAAGUUCGCAACUUGCAACGCCUGCACAACGCAGAUCAUCCAAACCUGCUGUCCCUUCUGGCAACGUACAAGUACAAGGGCAGCUACCAUUUGGUGUUCCCUUGGGCCGAGAGCGAUCUUCGAAGACUUUGGCAGUCCACGGAUAACCCGCAGCAACCCGGAAAGGAGGACAUGCGGUGGCUGGCGAACCAGUGUGCUAGUAUUGCUGACGCCCUCAAGUCUGUACAUGCUGGUGCCGAAUCCUGGCUGAAAACCACCGACGACCCUGCCGGCCAACAGAGACUGAUGAACAAGAUUGGAAUUCACGGUGAUAUCAAACCUGAAAACAUUUUCAUCUUCUCAAAGGGCCAGAAGGCCAAGGAACUUGCCAUGGGCCCGCCCACCACCGGCAAAGGCAGCAGCAGCACACCCUCGGAUAGAAGCUCGAGGAGCGAAAGCCCCUCGAGUGUCACAGACGACAGAGACUUUGUUAUUGGUGACUUCGGAGGUGGUGACUUCUACGACGCAUCCAAGAACCCCGAUCCCCUUCGCCAAAUGACAGUCACAUACAGACCGCCGGAGUAUGAUACUAAACUCAAGCCCGUCUCCCGAUCUUGGGAUGUCUGGGGUCUGGGUUGUACCUAUCUUGAAUUCGUGACCUGGUUCCUUCUGGGUCGUGCGGGCCUCAAGGAAUUCGCGAAGCGCCGUACCACAAGGACUGCCUCUGGCAAGCUGUCCGACGAGUACUUCGAUACAUUCGUGGACCCCAGCCAGACGGGAGGAGUUGGCGCCAUCCUCAAGGGAUCAGUCCUUGCCUGGAUCAACGAUCUCUCUCGCCACAAGAACGCGUCUCCCUUCAUCCGGGACUUCUUGAACUUCAUCACCCACCGAAUGUUCAUUAUCGAAGGCGCCACUGCCGACCGUGCAUCUGGUGACGAAGUUGCCCAUCACAUGAAUACCCUGAACGAGAAGUGUCGUCAGGACGAUUCAUACUGCGCACCAAGCCCGCUUGCUUCGUCCCUAUGGGAGGUAGAGAGCAGUGUCAGCAGUGUCACAACAAUGUCAUCAACCAGCCCUGAUGACUUCACCCUUGACUUCACGACCACCGAGAAUAUCCCUGGGGCUUCAAACAGCGCCUGGAACUUCUCGAUGGAUCUCAGCCCUCUUCAGUGGAAUACGGCUCCAAUUCUCCCAGCGAAUGGGCUCGCGCCCUACGACAGCCUCAACUGUGCUGAUGUGCUUGGCACAUGGAAUUAUACGGCACCAGUGAUGUGGAACAACGAAGUCUUCAGCCAGCCAAGCGCUUCGGUUGAGAAUAAGCGCAAGAGGAAGGUGAGCGAAGAGACCGAGAGUUUUGAGAGGCGAGUCUCGCCGAAGACCAGCACCAGCCCGCAGGAGAGUGGCUCUUCGACGGCUGAGGAGUCGCCCGCGGCAAGCAGCCUGAAAGCAGGCGAAAAGAGAUUUGCCUGUCCAUAUUACAAGAGUAACCCAGGCAAAUUUCGACAAAAGAGAACAUGCUGCGGCCCAGGGUGGCCAACCGUACACAGAGUGAAAGAGCACCUGUACCGGUGCCACACUAUUGGAAAACAUACCUGCAGCCGGUGUCUCAAGAAAUGCAAGAGUGCAUCAGAGCUUCUGGCGCAUCAGCGGACUUCGGUUCCGUGUGAGACCAAGACAGACGCGUUUCCGGAGGGGACCAUGAUGCCAUCCCAAGAAGAAGCCUUGAGGAUCAAGAAACGGGUACCUCCAAACACAACGGAAGAACAGAGGUGGAAUGAGGUGUACCUCACACUGUUCCCUGAGGGGACUGGUGCCUUGCCUUCGCCUUUCUACGAGGACGAGCAAACUGAGACACGUCUUCCCGAAAGCUCUACUGGCAAGCAAGUGGAUACAUCCGAUCCGUGGCUUUGCACCGCCUCGGAGUAUGAGACAUACCUGAGUCAGAGCCUGCCACCGCGAGUCCAGCGUGAGCUAGAAAGGGAGGUCCAGCGCGAGUUUGGCUUUGUUGGAGACGCGGCGCAGACGCGAAAAGUGGUGGAUAUGGUGCAAAAAUUGCAGCUGCGGCUGUUUAAACAGUUCGAGAGUCAGAGGGCGGCGCCGUCAUCAUCGACACAAUAAGAGCGGGGCGGUAGUGAUCUAGUGAACGACGGUGAAUGUUCUAAAAGUCCUGGAAGAGGAACGGUGCACCCUUUCUAUAUGGAUUUCUAAGCGGGCGUAUAUGCUGUUUUUACUUGAUGCUAUUAUAUGACGGAUCGGUUGCUUCAUCGCUCGAGCGAAUGACGUUUUCAUGGCAUCGCAGGUUAUGAUAAUGACACAUAGGAACCGCGAAUAUGAACACUCUGUACGCGCAUGUAUCGCGAAUCUGCGUCUCAAUGUGCGCCAUUACGUCUUGUCGCGGGUCUGUGCUUCUAAGUUCCUGUUUGUUCGGGUCCCGAAGUCU